AUGCCGCUGAAGAACAAGUACGGGGUUUUAAAAAUUGGGAUAGAGUACGAUUACAGUGGUGGGGACUGCCAUGAGAUAGACGAGUUGAGUCCAGAUUUCUUCGUAACUAAGCUGUUUAAGGAAAACCAAGAACACAAAAAUUUGCUAAACCUUAAUGGCUGCUCCGCUUCACCAUGCGCAACUUUGAACACAUAUAAAGUAGACCCCCUUUUUGGUGACAAAUUUGAAGAUAACGACAUUUGGCAGAAAAAUAUUUAUGGGCUCACGUCUGAGUGGAUCGAUCCAGAUAAUGAGAACGAGCAUCUAAGCGCAUACUCGCUCGAUGCGCUAAACAAAGAAAUGCAAUGGGCCAGUUACAUAUCCAUAUCACACCUAAUUAUUAACCCUCCCUCUUACAACAAGUGCGAUAAUUAUGCUAGAUGCAUCAACGCAAAUAUUCACAGCUACAAUGGGGUGUCUGUCAUUGUGAAAGUGCCGCUAGCAAUACGGGUUGAAAGGGAGGCACUUAUGAAUAGCCCCCACGGCGGAGGCUCAUCUUCCCCCCUGAGUAGUACCCCUGAAGGGGAAGCAUCCUCCUCCUACCAAACUUUAAAUGGCUGGAAUUUAUGGGCAAAUUUUAUCCCCUACUGUAAACACAAUUUUUCUAAUUUGAGCGUUGCUAUAGAAUUAGUAAAUCUUCAACAUGUCGAUAUUUAUAGAAUCAAUUUAGAUGUAUGGAAAUCUGAACCCGUGAAAUUAAUUAUCAUACCUCUGAGUGUAUUUGCAGUUGAUUCUAAGACAGGAUAUCCUUACCUACCCAAAAAGUUAAAAGACCUAUUAGUGUACUUUUUUAGAAAAAAUAUCGAAAUUGUCUUAACAGGAAUGGGAAAAAAUGAGUACCCAUUUCUGAAUGGCUUGAAGAAGGAAGAAACGUACAAUAGCGGUCCUCUUCACUCUGAUGUGCAUCACCUCAAGUGUUGCAUUUAUUACUUAAAAAGGCUUUUCAUGUCUAUUGAAAAUUUUGAUAAUGAAACCCUUUUUGAUAAUGCCUAUUGGGACUAUUUGCAAAUCCCGUUGCAACCCUUGAAGGACAAUUUACCUUCCCAAACUUACGAGAUUUUCGAAAAGGACAAAACCAAGUAUGAACAAUAUGAAUUAGCCAUUUGUAAGUACUUGGCGACGGAACUGCAAAAAGGGGGAGAUAACAAUGUGAAGGGGAGACACAGAGACGUUGUCAUUUUUGUGGUGGGUGCAGGAAGAGGACCACUAGUAGAUUGUACUUUGCAAGCCCUAGAACAAAAUAAAAUCUCCAAAUUUCAAAUUUACGCAAUAGAAAAAAAUGAUAGUGCCAUUUUAGUGUUGAAAAAUAGGGCUGCCAGCAACCCCACGUGGAAAAAAGUUAACAUAAUACAUAGCGAUAUGAGGUAUCUCGAAAUGGACAAGAACGCAGAUCUAAUCGUAAGUGAAUUGUUAGGGUCCUUUGGAGAUAAUGAAUUAUUUCCUGAAUGCUUGGAUGGAAUACAAAAGUAUCUCCAGGACGAUGGAGUGAGCAUUCCGCAAAAUUGUGUGUCCUAUAUGGAACCCAUUUCUUGCUCACAAAUAUACCACAAAAUAGCCCAAAAUAAUUUCACAGGAUAUAAUGAAAUAUUUUACAUUGUUAAUAUGUACUCUUAUUGCAAAAUUGCGAAUGAGGAACCGGCAGAAUGCUUCACUUUCCAAGUCCCCAACGAAAAUGUCACAAAGGACAACUCACACAAUAAUCGUUACAAACGUCUCCACUUUACCAUUAAUAUGGACUCCUACCUACAUGGAUUCUUAUGCUAUUUUAAAAGCCACCUCUACGACGAUGUAUACCUAUCCAUCGAGCCUAAUACAUACACGAAGAAUUUACACAGCUGGUACCCUUUAUAUAUUCCCAUAAAUCAAAUUUUGUAUCUACAGCAGGGGCAGACCUUGUCCAUAAGUAUUUGGCGCCUGACGGAUAACCACAAAAUUUGGUACGAGUGGUGUGUUAACGAACCGCAGGCAACGUGCAUUCACAACUACAAUGCGAAGCACUUUUCCAUUGGUCGAUGA